AUGUCGAGACCUGCCAGAGAGAGACACAUUCUCAAGUUUAUACAGUGGCGGAUCUGUCUUUUCCCAGGUGCCUUGGAGCACUAUGUUAGCUGCCUGGAUCUGGUAAACAGGAAGCUGCCUUACGGGCUUGCCCAGGUUGGAGUGUGUUUUCAUCCUGUUCCUGACACUCAGCAGAUACCUGGUGGUGGCAAAAGAAUUGGUGAGAAGACAGAAGCUUCAUUGGUAUGGUUCACUUCUCCAAGGACUUCAAGCCAGUGGCUUGAUUUCUGGUUGCGUCAUCGACUGCUGUGGUGGAGAAAGUUUGCCAUGAGCCCGUCUAACUUCAGCAGCAGUGACUGUGAGGACGCGGAGGGGCGGAGAGGAAGCCGCCUUUACUACAGCUUUCCCUGGGGGAAGGAGCCAGUGGAAGCGCUAUGGAACCUGGGCGAUAAGGAGCUCCUGCACACGUAUCCUGCCGACGUGGCCAGAUUACACGGCCGAGAUGGGCGGAAGACAGUGGUUCCUUCCGUCGUCUCUGUAAGCGGGGACCUAGACCGCGGCGUGCUGGCCUACCUCUACGAUUCUUUCCAGCUCACAGAAAAUUCCUUUACAAGGAAGAAAAGUCUGCACAGAAAGGUACUUAAACUUCACCCUUGUUUAGCCCCCAUUAAAGUUGCUUUGGAUGUGGGAAGAGGUCCGACUGUGGAGCUAAGGCAGGUUUGUCAAGGGCUAUAUAAUGAGCUACUUGAAAAUGGAAUCUCUGUGUGGCCUGGUUAUUUGGAAACUGUACAUUCCUCAUUGGAGCAGCUUUAUUCCAAAUAUGAUGAGAUGAGCAUCCUCUUCACAGUUCUGAUUACUGAAACCACUCUGGAGAAUGGCUUGGUACAGCUGCGAAGUCGAGAUACCACGAUGAAGGAAAUGAUGCAUAUAUCAAAAUUAAAGGACUUUUUGAUCAAGUAUAUAUCAUCGGCUAAGAAUGUAUAGGUUUCCAUAUUUAUAUAAUAAACAUUCUUGUU